AUGGAGAUGAUCGGCAAGAUUAACGGAAAUGAAUUUACUUGUAAUAAUUCAUUUAUUAAUGAAUAUCUUAAAUUUCUUAAUAAUAUCCCGAAGACACCUGAUAUUUUAAUUUCCAAUGCAUAUAUAAUAGACUUAUCACAAGAUUCAGAAACUCAAGAAAGUGUUAAUAAUAUAAUAGAUCUUGAAGCAGAUUAUAAAUUAGAUAACAACAAAAAUAUUGAAUUAAAUUUACUUAAAAAUGAGAAUCUAGAAAUAAAUACUCAAGAAAUUGUUAAUAAUAUAUUAGAUCUUGAAGCUGAUUAUAAAUUAGAUAACAACAAAAAUAUUGAAUUAAAUUUACCUAAAAAUGAGAAUCUAGAAAUAAAUACUCAAGAAAUUGUUAAUAAUAUAUUAGAUCCUGAAGCUGAUUAUAAAUUAGAUAACAACAAAAAUAUUGAAUUAAAUUUACCUAAAAAUGAGAAUCUAGAAAUAAAUACUCAAGUAAUUGUUAAUAAUAUAUUAGAUCCUGAAGCUGAUUAUAAAUUAGAUAACAACAAAAAUAUUGAAUUAAAGUUACCUAAAAAUGAGAAUCUAGAAAUAAAUACUCAAGAAAUUGUUAAUAAUAUAUUAGAUCCUGAAGCUGAUUAUAAAUUAGAUAACAACAAAAAAAAUAUUGAAUUAAAGUUACCUAAAAAUCCAAUAUUAAAUACAGAAAUUGAGGGUAAUUUAAAAGAAACAAAAAAACGGGUUUUAGAGAAUUUUGAAACAUCUCUUGACGACUUGCCAUUAAGUGAAUUGUCAGCCAUUUUGAGAAAUGAGGAAACUUAUUCCGUGGAAGGUUUACAUUUUGAGUUUAUCACCGAAGAGGAAGCUAAAAUGAAGAGAUUGUAUUAUUUAAAUGAUCCAAUAACCAUAAUGGAAGGAUAUUUUCCGCCCCCGAAAACAGUUAAAAUACACCAAAUUCCAACUGGCAAUGAUUAUUUGGAAUUAUUCCAACAUUACCCAUCAUGCUCAAUGGACACGAAUAAAUCUUCUCGGCCUAGUGUGAGAAUGGAUCGAUAUGGUAUCGGAUCCGAUAUCGAUAUGUCAGUGUCAAAUGACGUUUCUCUUGAAAGUGAGUGA